AUGGCAUCAUCAUACUCGUUGGAUAAAAUAAAUCCGAAGUUAUUGAGAAGAAUAUACCGAGCAUGCAGACCAACAAACGAUGAACCAAAUUUAGCGCUUAAUUUAGAAAUUUGUGAUUAUGUGAACGCAAAGAAGGGAUCAGCUCCAAGAGAUGCUGCCAUAGCUGUCGUUAAGUUAAUUAGUCAAAAAGAUCCUCAAACUUCUGAAUUAGCUCUUGCUUUAUUGGAUAAUUUGGUCAAAAAUUGUGGAUACCCAUUCCAUUUACAAAUUUCAAGAAAGGAGUUUCUUAAUGAGUUGGUCAAAAGAUUUCCCGAGAGACCUACAUUAAGGUACUCGAGAGUUCAACGUUUGAUCUUAGCACAAAUUGAAGAAUGGUAUCAAACCAUAUGCCGUACCUCCAAAUAUAAAGAAGAUUUUGGUUAUAUUAAAGAUAUGCAUAGAUUAUUGUCAAAUAAAGGUUAUAUAUUCCCAGAAGUAAAAGUUGAAGACAUUGCAGUAUUAAACCCAGGAGAUAAUUUGAAAUCGUUAGAUGAUCUUCAACAAGAAGAAGCAACGGUACAUUCUGCCAAAUUACAGGAAUUGAUUAGAAGAGGUAGACCACAAGAUUUACAAGAAGCCAAUAAAUUAAUGAAAAUUAUGGCAGGGUUUAAAGAUGAUAACUUGAAGGAAAACAAAAAACAAUUAAAAGACGAUAUUGUCAGAUUGACCAGAAAAGUGGAGAUUUUGAGUGAGAUGUUGACUUCGAUAGAAUCUACUGGUUCUAAAAUCGAUGAUAACUCAGAUGAAGCUUUGGUGGAAUUAUAUAGCUCUAUUAAAAGCUCCCAGCCUAUUAUAAAUAAGAUAAUUGAACAAGGAGAUGAUGGGGAAGAUGACAUUCAUGGUCUUUUAUCACUCAAUGACGAUGUUAAUAAUGUAAUCAAUAAGUUCCAAUUAUUGAAAGGUGGGAAUGUUGAAGAGGCAAGUAAAAUCAAAGUAUCUGGUGGUGGAAACGCUGGUGCCGACUUGAAUUUGAUAGAUUUUGAUGAUGCACCUGAAGAUGUCACUGCAAGCAAAGAGCAAGGAUAUAAUGACUUAUUGAGUGACUUAUCUAAUUUGACAUUUGGAGAUAAUAAUUUGAACUCUUCAUCUAAUGGUUCACAAGUAAAUCCACUAAAUUUAUAUGGCUCUGGUGGCUCAAUAGCACUUGGAGGCAAUCAAGUAACACCCAUUCAACAACCAAAACCAUCUUCUGCUAACAACAAUUCUUCCAAAUCCUCAAAUUUAGAUUUGUUAAGUGAUUUAAAUUCGCCAUCACCACAAUUACAAUCCAAUAUAAGUAAACAAACCUCAAUCAACUUAGAUCCUUUUGGGUUUGAUUUUCCAUCGACUACACCAUCAAGUUUACAACAAUCAUCACAAUCCCAACAAUCACAAAAUUAUAUCAAGAUUUUAACCAUAGACCAAACAAGUAAUUUGAAAAUUGAAGUUGGAGUAUUACAAGAACAGACGAACCUAUUCAAGGGGAAAAUAUUAUUUUCCAACCAAUCCAAUAAGACUAUAUCAAAUGUUAAAUUUAUGAUCGCUGUACCAAAAUCUUGUAAAUUAGAUUUGAAAUCACAAUCUAAUGAUAUAUUAUACGGAUUCAAUAAUCACGGCAUAUCCCAAGAGUUCAGUGUUGAAAAUCCUCAGAGCAAGCAAUUGAAAAUAAAAUGGAAAGUAGAGUAUAAGAUCGAUAAUGAAGUCAAAGAAGAUACAGGAGUAUCAGUUCUAUAG